GAAAGAGGUUCUCCAGAAAGAUAUUUCGUACGUCCUUGUCGUCUGGUUGGUAGAAAGAUGGCGAAGGCUGUUUCUAAUUUGGUGCAGCGGGCUCCAAUUUGGGCCAGAGAAUAUGCACAGCCCCGGUUCCAGACGUUCCUGAAAUAUGCCCGUGUUGAGCUGACACCACCAACCCCUGGCGAAUUCCCACAAGUUGCUAGUGGCAUACAGAAACUGCUCAGCGGUGCUCGAACGGGACGAUGGAAGCAACUGACAGUGAAGGAAGCAUGGCUUAAUACUCUUGUCACUGUGGAAGUUUUAUGUUGGUUCUUCGUUGGAGAAUGUAUAGGAAAACGGCAUAUUGUUGGUUAUAAAGUGUAAUUCCAAGCACUAUACCGGAA